CCGCCGCCGCCGGACUCUGAUCUGACAGCAGCUUUAAAGCCAGUGUCGGGCGGGGACGGCCCGGCGUGUUGUGUCUGCAGAGGUCGGUCAUGGCGCAGGAGAAUCUGACGCUCGUGCUGCAGGCUCGAGGGGACCUCCGGCUGGAGAACCGUCCAGUUCCAGAACCGGGACCUAAUGAUGUUGUUCUGCAGAUGCACUCUGUGGGGAUCUGUGGGUCGGAUGUGCAUUACUGGCAGCACGGCCGGAUCGGGGACUUCGUGGUCACUAAGCCGAUGGUGCUGGGGCACGAGGCCUCUGGGCGGGUGGUGAAGGUCGGCUCAGCGGUCAAACACCUGAAGAUAGGUGACAGAGUGGCCGUUGAGCCAGGAGUGCCACGAGAGAUGGACGAGUUCUUCAAAAACGGACGCUACAACUUGUCGCCUACUAUUUUCUUCUGCGCCACGCCCCCCGACGACGGGAACCUGUGUCGAUUCUACCGGCACAGCGCCAACUUCUGCUACAAGCUGCCUGACAACGUCACGUUUGAGGAGGGCGCUCUGAUCGAGCCUCUCUCCGUGGGGAUCCACGCCUGCCGCCGGGCCGGCGUGACGCUCGGCAGCACGGUGCUCAUCUGCGGCGCAGGACCGAUCGGGUUGGUGUCUCUGCUCGUGGCCAAGGCCAUGGGAGCAUCAAAGGUCAUCGUCACGGAUCUGUCCGCAGAGCGUCUGGCGAAGGCCGAGGAGCUCGGCGCAGAUUUUCACCUCAAAGUGACCAAAGCCGACGGACCCCAGCAGGUUGCCAAGAGUGUGGAGGACUUGUUGGGAGCGCAGCCGAACUGCAGCAUCGAAUGCACCGGCGCCGAGAGCUGCCUGCAAACUGCCAUUUAUUCGACCCGCUCCGGAGGCGUGGUGGUGGUGGUGGGACACGGAGCGCCGAUGGUCACCGUGCCUCUCAUGAACGCUGCCAUAAGGGAGGUGGACAUCCGAGGGGUCUUCCGCUACUGCAACACCUGGCCGAUGGCCAUCUCCAUGCUGGCGUCGGGGAAAGUGAACGUCAAGCCCCUGGUGACCCACCGGUUCCCCCUGGAGCAGGCCGGCGAGGCCUUUGAGACCACGCGUCAGGGUCUGGGGAUAAAGGUCAUGUUAAAGUGUGACCAGAACGAUCAAAACCCCUGAUGUGGCCCGUCGAGGCGAAGCCAAACAGGCCGGCUGAGCGCCGCUCAGCGUGACGGACCGCAGACUGGACGUUGACCUGAAGGAAAAUAACAGAGCGAGUUCAAAGAGCCGCUCGAAGCUCAGAUCCAACCUGCUGUAGCCCGCAGGUCAGACAGGAACUCCUCACUCAAAUGUGCGAGAAAUAAUUCUAUGCUGCUCAGGACGCUUCUGUAAUAGUUGUCUGAUUUUAUUUUUAUGAAUUCUGCAUAUUUUAAAAUAAUUUUUAGCAUUGUAACGGAGUAAAAAAAGACUGAAAAAAUAAAAUGCUGAAAUCACAGAACA